ACCAUGCGUGUAUUGCAUUUGCUUGACGGUGUGGUUUGUAUAACUUGUGUUUUAUAUGUGAGGAUUGAUUGUUGUUUGUUGAAUUUGAACAGAUCUAACACUAUUCUUUUUUCUAAACUUUUUUGUGAUUAUGUCUUAUGUGGAUACCAUACUCUUUUUUGUAUUAUUGUUGUCCAGUCACUGGAAUAACGCUUUUCUAAGUAUUUAAGGUACAACCAUGUAGAUCUAGACAUGAUGCUGAUGGGUUGGCUUUGCAUACAAUGCAGUAUGGACCAACAAAAUGGUCUCAUUGCAAGGUGGACAUAUAGGCAAGAAAUGUCAAGAGAGAGAGAAGCUUGGACUAUUGAGGAGGAAUCUGCACUGAUUAAUGCCCAUCGGGUAUAUGGGAAUAGAUGGGCAGAAAUAGCAGAAGUUCUUCCUAGAAGGAAUCGGAUACUUCUAUUUGUUCUUAGGUUCUUCUCACCUAUAGCUAAAGUCAAAGACGACAAAACCAAGUGGAUUAUUGUUGUUACAAGAUACACAAAAUCAUCGGUCAUCUAAAUCUUUUUUUCUAAUAUGACUGUUGGUGCUGCUCAUGAGGCUAGCCACCGGCUUGGAAGGGAUGAGAGGCAAUCACUGUUGUCAACUUGAAACGUAUAAUUUUUUAGGAACGAAGAUCUGAAUCACCCUCCCGCCUCGAGAGAAAUCAGUUUAGUCAUUCAGGUUCUGGUAUUUCUUUAUAGCUUUCUGAGUUUACUUUGGUCUUUCAUGUAUUUGCUUUCUGUUUGUGCCCCUAUCUAUUUCUGUUCUUGUGUGCAAGCGCUCCAUUCUGUGUGUGUCCGACUUUGUGUGGCUUGAUUCUCUUGUGUGUGUGGCUUGACUGUCUGUGUGUGUCACUGUGUGUUUGACUGUGUGUGAAUAUUGCAUUUGACUGUGAUGCGUUACUAUGUUUGACUCUGUGUGUGUGAUUGUGUGAAUAUUGUGCAUUUGACUGUGAUGUGUGACUGUGUGAGUAUUGUAUUUUGACAAUGACUGUGUGGCUUGACUGUGUGUGUGUGGCUUGUAUGCUUUGCUGAAUGAUUGGUUGUUGUGGCUUAACACUGCCUCUGCCGGUCCCAAGCCCGGAUGUGAAAAUGUGG